AUGGGUAUACGCGACAUCCUCAAGAAAAAGGACAACCUCGACAAUGGCGAGCCCAGCAGCCAGGACGCCAUGGACAGGCUAGCAGCCCCCGAGUUCAAGUUCAUCCGAUCAGACACACACUCGCAAGAGGUCAUCCACCCGCCAACCGUGUCUGUGGAAAACGACCAGUACCUGAAUCCCAAAGACGGCGGCGGCGGCCAGAAGCCGCGACGCAGCCUCGACGUCUUAUUCGGCAACCGCUCCCGUAGCCCUUCCGUGUCCUCCCAGGCGAGCUCGAACGGCAACCCGAAAGGGUCCAGACGGCUGUCGGAACGGCUGCACCUCAGCCGGUCGCCCGCCUCCUCCGAUAACGUCCCGCAGAACCUGCCCGACAUCGUAACCACGGCCGAGGGCGACGAGGCGGCCUGGGAGAAGCGCGCGACAAUCCUGGCGUCGUCAAACAAGAGCAGACCGGCGACGCCGUCGCAUGAUAACGGGCAGGGGGUCGGCGGGGCGAAGGACAGCUCGAAUGGCGCUGCCGUGUCGUCGCCGGCCAUUGAUGAGGAUAUCCAGGAGGCCAUCAGGCUGCAUGAGGCAGGGGAUUACGAGAACUCGACGGCCAUGUUUGCCCGCCUGGCUGAUCCAAAAGGGGCUAACAACACCCUCAGUCAGUUCCUGUACGGGCUUGCUUUGAGGCACGGCUGGGGAUGCGAGCCCAAUCCAGAGGGGGCGAUCAAGUAUCUGUCGGCGGCAGCAUCGAACGCGGCAGCCGUUGAGCAAAUGGCGUUGAAGGCUGGGCUCAAGAAGGGUGGCGCUGCCAAGGGAGAGCUCGUUCUGGCCAUCUUCGAACUGGCGAACUCGUUCAGACACGGUUGGGGCACGAAAACGGACCCAAUCGCGGCCAAGCAGACGCCAUGA